GAGGGGUGGGCCAGUCCUCUUCUGGCUGUGCUGGGUAGAGAUUAUAAUGAUGAUGAAUAUGUCAAGUCAUGUUGCAGGUAUCCGAUGUUGACCGGUGACAGGCACACAUGAACACUCUCAACCAUCUAGUGAAGACCUACAUCCAAGCAAAGAUGGACGCUAUGGAUACACAGCGGGCCUUGGAGGCUGUGGAGAGACUCCAGGCCAAGCUGAAGGACAGAGGAGAGGCUCCUACAGAGGAGAAACUAUCACUACUGAAGACCGUUCUACAGAGCCCUCUGUUCCUUCAGAUAUUAACCAUGCAACAGACACAGCUACAGCUGCCAGAGGAGAAGAAGUCAGUACCGAAGUCUGUUUCCCUCAACACGGGUCUCUCCACAGCCAUGUCUCUGGGCCUGAGGACCAUCUCCCAUAGCGACUCCUAUACCUGGGCCCAGAACAACAGCAGCAGCAGUAGUGGAGGUGGUGGAGGAGGAGGAGGAGGAGGAGGAGGAGAUAGCCCCCCUGCUAAACCCUUCCUACCUCUGCAGAACUACGGAGGCAGUCUCAAUGCUCUCAACACAAACACAGAAAGCAACGCCGUGACCAAUAAGAUACAGUGUAUGACUCAGUUAUGUACGCCUCCACGAAUCUCCAGGACCUUAUCGAUGGGAAGGAACCUGUCGUAUAUCGCCAACGAGAAGCGUCACAUAGAGUUGAUAGAGCUGGAGAACGAUGGGAAGGGGCUGGGCUUCGGCAUUGUAGGGGGUCGAUCCUCUGGAGUCCUGGUCAAAACCGUCCUACCAAGUGGCCCUGCUGGACUGGACAAGCGUCUGCGCAGCGGGGACCACAUCCUGCGUAUCGGGGACACAGACCUGGCGGGCAUGGGCAACGAGGAAGUGGCUCACGUUCUCCGCAACGCAGGGUCAAGGGUCAAACUGCUGAUUGCUAGGGACGUCGCGGUCUCCACGGGAACCAAUGACCUCUCCCUCUCGUCGCCCCCACUCCCUCUCCUCGCCCAGCAACAACAGAGGGUGGCCAGGAUGGGCAAACAGCUGUGUGAUGUGGAGGAGGACUCUGAGUACAGUGUCCAGUUCAGUAAGAACAACAGGGGCCUGGGAUUCACUGUCACCAGCUCCAUAGGGGAGCAGAACUCUGGGGUGCAGGUGAAGAGCAUUGUGAAGGGCAGCGCUGUGGACCAAGCCAGUCAGAUACACAUCGGAGACAAGAUCUUAGCUGUGGAUGGUGUCAGCUUGCAGGGCUGCAGUGAGCAGAGAGCCCUGGAGGUCCUCAGGAAGACAGGCCAGAUAGUCAGACUGAGGCUGAUGAGGAGGGCCUCUAGGAUGGGUAAAACCAUGAAGUAUCCCCCUCCUCCCCUGGAGCCCUACGUCGUCACCCGUACAGAGACAGGGAAACAUGACAAGACAGACCAGACUGGUGUCAUCAACAGAGGAAAACAAAUGUCUCUGCGUGAGAUGUCCAGAAGAGCCAGUAUGAUGUACUCUGAACAACGACUAGACGCCAGAACCGGAGUGAAGCUGACGGCAGCAGAGGAAGAGGAGUUGAAGAACAGGUGGCAGGCUGCUCUGGGACCCAGAUAUCAAGUGGUUGUGUGUCAGCUGGAGAGGUUCAGUGAGACCAGUGGUCUAGGCAUCAGCAUGGAGGCCAGGGCAGGACACCACUACCUGUGCUCCGUCUUACCUGAGGGGCCCGUCGGACAGAGCAGGAAGAUACACCCUGGAGACCAGAUACUGGAGGCGAAUGGUAUCCCUCUGAUAGGAGAGACUCACAGAGAGGUGAUCAGCGUUCUGAGAGAGCUGCCUCUGUGUGUUUGUAUGGUGUGCUGCCGCGUCGUGCACCCACAGCUACGGGACAGUGACCACGAUGAUGCUGAUGAUGAAGAUGUACAGCUCCCCUCAAAGAGCUACUGGCUGAGUUCAAUAUCCCAGUAUGACCAGCCCUGCUGUCUACUUCCUGGUUGUAACAACAUGGAUUGUGGGAGUCGUGGUUUUAAUAAGCCUGUGUCUCCUCCUCUGGCCAUGUGGGAGAGAGACAGUCAGGUGAUAGAGCUGGUGAAGGGAGAGGAAGGCCUGGGAUUCAGCAUCCUAGACUACCAGGACCCAGAGGACGACUCUAAGACUGUCCUGGUGAUCCGCUCCCUGGUCCCCGGUGGCGUGGCCGACUCAGACGGACGCCUGCUGCCCGGUGACCGGCUCAUGUCCGUCAACGACGUGGACCUGGUCCGGUCGACGCUGGAGCGAGCCGUGCACGUCCUCAAAACCACCGGCUACGGGGUCGUGCGCAUCGGCGUCGCCAAACCGCUGCCGAUCGAGUGUUGUGUCCUGGAGUCCAUCCCAGAGUCGUCGAGAGACGAGACCCAGUCGUUAUCGAGAGAUGAGAAGGAUACUCUCUACUCAGCUGGGAUGCUAGCCUCCUCCACACAGCAGGCGCAUGCUAACAGCUACGGCUCACAGCAGAGGAACAGCCAACCGUGCUCCACACUGAAGGACGAGAAAUCUCCGCGUCAUUGUUCCAGCGGCAACAUGGAGGACGGCGAUAAGCUCCUGGCCCCGCCCCCUUCUUUCGGCAGCCAUUUUGAGAGGACAAUCGCUGUUGUCAGGGGCAACCGUAGCCUUGGCCUGACAGUGAGUGCUAUGAAGGAUGGCUCAGGGAUGUUGAUCCGGUCAGUGGUCCGUGGAGGGUCUGUCUGUCAGGACGGGAGGCUGGGAGUCGGGGACACUAUCCUGGCUGUUAACGGAGAACCCACCACCAACCUGACCAACGCUAUGUGCAGAGCCAUGCUGAGGAGACACUCUGUUAUAGGUUCAGAUAUGAGUGUGACAUUCAUCCCCUCGUUUCUGGUAGAGGAGCACCGUGCCUCCAUGGCCCAGCAGCCUCUGUCAUCCAUCAUGGUGGACGGCCCCUCACUCUGCCCCUUGACACCCUCCCCUACCCCUCCUGGAGGUCCAACCCCUUCUCCUACCCCUCCUGGAGGUCUAACCCCUUCCCCUACCCCCCCUGGAGGUCUAACCCCUUCCCCUACCCCUCCUGGAGGUCCAACCCCUUCCCCUACCCCUCCUGGAGGUCUAACCCCUUCCCCUACCCCUCCUGGAGGUUUAACCCCUUCCCCUACCCCUCCUGGAGGUCUAACCUCUUCCCCUACCCCCUGGAGGUCCAACCCCUUCCCCUACACCUCCUGGAGCCCCAGAUACAGCCUCAACAGUCCCAGCUCGAGGUCCAGCUACAGCCCCAAGGCCUCAAGGCCCUUCUCUACCCAGACCUGUAGUAUCAGCUACAAGUACAGCUCCAGCCUCAACGCCAACCAAAGGCCCACCCAGACCCCACCCCCAGACAAGAGCUCUAGCCUCCACUCUAACUCCAACCCUAACCUCCACUCUAACUCCAACCAUAACCUCAAGCCUUACCUCAGCUCUAGCAUCAACCCUAACUCCAACCCUAACCUCAACCCUUACUCCAACCCUAACCUCAAGCCUUACCUCAGCUCUAGCCUCAACUCUAACUCCAACCCUAACCUCAAGCCUUACCUCAGCUCUAGCCUCAACCCUUACUCCAACCCUAACCUCAAGCCUUACCUCAGCUCUAGCCUCAACCCUUACUCCAACCCUAACCUCAAGCCUUACCUCUGUCUAGCCUCAGCCCAGCUCCAAUCCUAA